GUCAGCACUGUAAAUGCAAGUUGUCAAUUUUAGCCCACAUUUAGUAGUCUAAGUUUGCCCUUCAACAAGCAAUGUUUGUGGUGUUGGUGAUUUUAUCUUUUUAUCUCACUUGUACAGAUGCCGGUGGCGGCUCACAUUGGGGAUACUCGGGACUAAAUGGACCAGAAAACUGGCAUAAGCUGUUUGACAAUGCUUGUUCUGGAUUAAGCCAAUCCCCCAUCAACAUUUUGAGAGAGAAGGCAAUUUAUGAUUCCAGCCUCAACCAGUUUGCUUUAUGGCAUGACCCCCCACUCCCUGGGUCAUAUUUUGAUGUCACUAACAAUGGACACACCAUCCAAAUUGACACUGUGGGCCCAUUCUAUGUGUCCAAUGGUGGUCUGCCGUCCGUUUUUACCACUGCACAGUUCCAUUUCCACUGGGGGCAUCAAAAUGACCGUGGGUCAGAACAUUUAGUAAAUGGUAAAGCCAGCCCACUAGAACUCCAUGUAGUAAGCUAUGAUUCUGACCAGUAUGACAUGAUCACAGAGGCCAUGGUCCAGCCUGGAGGUUUGGCAGUUCUCGGAGUUUUGUUUGAAAUUGUGGAUGAAGACAAUCCUACCCUGGAACCUAUUAUCAAUGCUAUGAAUACUGUCAGAGACCCAGGAGCCAAAGUGAAGGCCCGCAUUGAUGCACAGCCGAUCAGAAAUUUCCUCCCAGAGGACAUCACACGAUACUUCAGAUACAAUGGUUCCCUCACCACACCUGGCUGUUUUGAGAGUGUCGUUUGGACUGUGUUUGAUCAGAAACAGACAAUUUCUCACAGACAGAUGAGAAUGUUCCGUACACUUCUCCAACAUAAAAAGAAACAACAAAGAAAUAGGAGGAGUAUUACAGACAAACGGGAACUGGCAGCAGAGGAAGUCCUGGAGGAGGUCGGAAUCAAAGGAAAAGUCCUGGAUGAGUUAUCACUGAAGUUACAGAUGGAAAAGAGGCAGAAGGCAGAGGCCAAACAACAGGAGGGCACCAUCAUCAAGGAAUACCGAAUGACGCACAACAUGAGUGAAGAUGAACCUGUGAAGCUGGAGGACAUUCCAACAGCUUUCAUCCAGGAGGCUCUCUACGACAACUUCCGCCCCGUCCAGCCUCUAAACAGCAGAAAAGUGUACUCCUCAUUCAAGAUAGAGGCCAAAAAAGGUCCAUCAAAAAAGAUUCAUUGGGGCUACACUGGAAAGAAAGGUCCAUCAAACUGGCAUGUUCUGUUUGACAACUCCUGCUUGGGUUCAUCCCAGUCCCCAAUCAACAUCGUUAGAGACAGGACAGUUUACAACCCAGACAUCAAUGAUUUUAUCUUCUGGUACGACCCACCACCACCAAACGCCGAGUUCUACAUCUUCAACAACGGCCAUUCAUUGCAAGUCAAUACUAUUGGACCAUACUAUGUAGCCAAUGGUGGUCUGUCAUCUGUGUACAGCACUGCCCAGUUCCACUUCCACUGGGGAUCAGAUGAUGGGCAUGGUUCAGAACACCAGAUUGAUGGCCAGACCUUCCCACUGGAGCUGCAUGUAGUAAACUAUGAUUCUGUCAAUUAUGCUUCCAUCAGCCAAGCAAUGACAGAACCUGGGGGCCUAGCUGUCCUUGGAGUUCUCUUCAGGAUAGGAGAUAAAGACAACCAAGCCCUAGAGCCAAUUAUACAAGGAAUGAAGGCUGUCCGUGAUCCAGAGAAUCAUGCAAAGGUCAAGAUUGAUGCUCAGCCAAUCAAAAACUUCUUACCAGAGAACACCUACAAGUUCUACAGGUACAAUGGUUCUUUGACAACCCCAGGCUGCUUUGAGAGUGUCAUCUGGACUGUGUUUGAAGACAAACUUACACUUUCAGCCAGACAGAUGGCAGAAUUCCGUCAACUUUUGCAACAUCGUGUAGAGAAGGGCGAAAUGAAGAAACGAGAUGUAUCUGGUAAACAAAGACAGGCUGCUAAAGACAUUCUGGUGGAGGCAGGCAUAAUGGGGAAUGUUAAACAAGAACUAGAGCUCACAAAAGCUCUUCAGAAAAAGAAGGGCAUUCCACAAAUGAUGCAAGAUGAAAGCUACAAGACCCAGAGUGAGACAGGCAUUAGUGGUGAAGAAUAUGUAGAAGAAAUUACCAUAGAAAUUGUUCAGGAGCAGCUAGUGAACAACUACAGACCGGUUCAAGCUGUCAACGACAGAUUGGUGUAUCGUACAUUUGAAUUUGAGCCUAGACGAGAAAUCAGAUAUGUUGUAAGAUCUGAUUCACACAGAAGCUUAGCAGUAUCAUAUGUACCAUCUAUUAUUGUAACAUUCACAUGCUUCAUAUUUUCAUUGUCUUUAAGUCUAUAAUAGAAUAAACAGGCAAGUGUGACAAAUUAAGAAGCCUUUUAUGAUAAAAAUUACGGCAUUAAAUUUGUCUGAUUUUAUGUUAAAUAUGUGGUUUGUUUUCAAAAUCAUUUUUAUUUUGUUUGUUCAAUAAAUGCCAAUUAGACUUUAAAUGCGUACACGUCUAUUAUAUUAUUAAUUUUCAAAGAAUUUUAUUUGGUUUUAGAAUUUACUAUUUAUUUGACCAAGUUGCAUUCUAUAGAACGAAUUUUAUGCAGGUACAUGUAAUUAUAUAAUGUCAUAUAUUUGAUACAUAGCAGUUACCAAUUCAGAGGAUGUAGCUAGAUUUUGUUAUAUCUUUAAAGUUUUCCAUCAUCAUCAUUGACAUAUUCUCUGUUCUCCAAUUGUAAUACUAGCACAUGUUUCAUUAAAUUAGGCCUAUAUCAUUGAUACCAUUACAUGUACAUGCAUUUUUAUAUCAAGUCUAAAGUUUAAUGAAAACUCAGUUUCAUAAUGUGUUGUAAUGAAACAAAGAUGGAGAAUUCAUCUCCAAUAUUUGUUGUCAGGAAUAUCUCAUUUACAUGUUCUGAUGACAGGAUAUUGGAUGACACGGGGUAUAGACACAUAAUUGUAGCUAAUGUUGUGAUAUCUGAUAUAGAUAAAUGAUAUGUAUCACAGACUCUCAUGAAACAUGCUCCACAUGCUUUUAAUAAUGCAGAUCCAUUACCAUAUACCAAUAGAAGUAAUCAAAUUUGUUAGUUUAUUGAACUUGGGCUGACCAACAAUCACCCAUCCUUUCAUGGACAUUGACUUGUACAUCCUCACAAACAUUGAAAAGAUAAAAGUGUUUUUCGUUGUGUGUUUAUUUGUCUUCCAUUUAUUUUACAUUCACUUAAAUGACAAAUAAAUGUGAUAUGCCAAAGGCCGGUUUUUAAAUUUAAAAGGAGUUUGACUUGUAUGUUGACUAUACAUAUAUAUGAAUAUAAUGUUUGCGUCUUUCUUCACAAAGAUCAUUCACAUAGUUGCCAACUCACCCCCACAGGAUGGUACGCGACAUCCUAAUUUUAGUCAAUUUCUGGUUUAUUUUCAUGCAAUCAACCCCACCAUCUGCAGACAGUGGGCUUCCCUUGAUAAUUAUUCCUUUUCAAAAUUCAAAAUCACCCACUUGACCAUAAACAAAUCACCCACUGGAGAGUUUGUUACAGGCUGGCAAUUGUGUAUGUUCAUGUAUUUCACAGUUUUGUAUCGUUCAUUCAUAUGGUUCAAUAAAUUAUUCAGGAAG